AAACAAAAUUAAAAUUGACGAGGGUUUGAAGCAGCAAUUAAUGGCGGAUGUGCACUGCUCCGACUGCAAGCGGAGGACGGAGGUGGUUCUCGAUCGCGCGGCGGGGGACACUGUUUGCUCCGAUUGCGGCCUCGUGCUGGAAUCUCACUCCAUUGAUGAAACCUCCGAGUGGCGGACCUUCGCCGAUGAGUGCGGCGACAACGAUCCGGCUCGGGUUGGUGGACCGACGAACCCGCUGCUGGCUGACGCUGGUCUGUCCACUGUUAUCUCGAAGCCGAACGGCACCGCCGGCGAUCUCCUGACGUCUUCGAUCGGACGGUGGCAGAACCGCGGCUCCAACACUUAUCGGACUCUCGUUUUUGCUUUCCAGACUAUUGCUACUAUGUCGGAUAGGUUGGGCCUCGUUGCAACGAUUAAGGAUCGGGCUAAUGAGAUUUACAAGAGGAUCGAAGAUCAAAAGUCGAGCCGUGGAAGAAAUCAGGACGCCAUUUAUGCUGCUUGCUUGUACAUAGCGUGUCGUCAAGAAGACAAGCCCCGGACUGUAAAAGAAAUUUGCUCCGUUGCCAACGGGGCAACUAAGAAGGAAGUUGGACGAGCAAAAGAAUAUAUCAUGAAACAUCUACAACUUGAGAUGGGGCAGUCGGUUGAGAUAGGGACUAUACACGCUGGAGAUUUCAUGAGACGCUUUUGUUCUAACCUCGGAAUGGCAAAUCAAACGGUUAAAGCUGCCCAAGAAGCCGUCCAAAAGACGGAAGCAUUCGACAUAAGGAGGAGCCCUAUUUCCAUUGCAGCAGCUGUUAUUUACAUAGUCACUCAGCUUUCAGAAGAUAAAAAGCUAUUCAAAGAUGUAUCGGUUGCCACCGGAGUUGCUGAAGGGACGAUACGGAAUUCUUACAAGGAUCUUUACCCUCACAUUCCCAAGAUUAUACCGAGCUGGUAUGCUCAGGAAGAAGUUAUCAAGAAUCUCUGCAGCCAUUGAUUUGUUAUUAGUAUUUUAACCCAAAAAAAAAUAAUAAUAAAUAGAGAAUUCGUAUGUUACUAAUACAGGAACCGAAAAAGAUUCAUUUCAGUUUAAUAGUUUUUUUGUUUUCCCCUUGAUAGAUAAGGUUAGUGUAUACACAGAUGCUGAUUUAGUUUGCUCCAUUGCUGUAAGUUAGUGUGUGUUUGGCUAAAAGCUUAUAAGCUAUUAAAAAGAGCUUAUAAAAUGUUCAAGAGCUAAUAAGCUCUUUUAAA